CUUGAUAAUUACUAAACUAAAGCUAAUUUCCAAAAAUAUGACAAUUUUUAUAAAAAGACAAAAUGUGACUAAGAAGGUCACAUAUUUGCAAAAUAUAUGAUGUCACUGUCAUUUUUAUGUCACUGACGGAUUUUUAUGUCACUACCAGAUUUUUAUGUCAUUUUUGAAAUGUCACUACCGGUUUGCACGUCACUUUUAGAUGUCACUGUACCGGGAAAUGUCACUGUGUCGUCGGAAUUUUUUUUGAUGACUUUUCCCCGUCAAAAUUUUUGCUGGAAACCUCACCCCGCUGCCUUGACACCGCCACCAUCGCGUGAGUCUGCCUACGGCCAUUAUCCCAGCCCCAGCCUCCUCCCCUGCACUCCAUCCCCCUCCCCUGCACCUCAGCCCCCUCCCCUGCACCCUAGUCCCCUUCCCCUACUCUCUGCGACUUGCAGCCACCCCCAAUAACUACCACCCUGCAUCACCCCAUCCCUCUAGCCCUAUGUGAUUCGCCCAAGCCCCAGAUCUCCAACGAAGGCGACAAUUUACAGUGACGAAGAAGAAGACCACUCCCCCUAGCACCAAAUAGGGCGGCGGCGGAAUUGCAACAGCGGCGGCGGAAUCUAGUGGCUUGUGGUGGCGAGGCGGAGACAUCCGAUGUAGACGAGCUUGGCGAUGCAACGAUUUCGACGAUGCAGCCGAGGUGCAGCGCCCAAGAGAAGCAGGUGAUUGCGUCGAGCUUGAAGGAAAGAGAAGCAGCGCCCAAGAGAAGCAGGUGAUUGCAUCGAGAAAAGAAGCAACGAUGGAAAUUUCUAAAUGAGUUUGAAUCACUUUUUUGUCAUAUAGAAACUAAUCAUAUUUUUGUCAACUAAAACUCUAGUAGUGUUGAAGGAAAUUACCUUUAAUGUGCAUUUGUUAUAGAUAGAAAGUGUAUUUAGGAUUUUGUGUGCAUUUAUAUGGCCCAUUGGCCCAUGCCUUGUAAACCCUAUUUCCUCCUAUUUAAAGGAGGCUUGCUAAUGAACUAACACACCUCUCUCACAUUCCCC